ACUAGUUGCACUGUGCUCCUUCGCUUUAUACCAGGGAGAAAAAUGGAUCCCCUUGAAGAAACUAGAAGAUCAAGUGAGACUAAUUUUUUAGAAGUUCCAUCCUCAAAUGAGUUUUCUGUAGAUGAAGAAGAAGUAGAGAGUACCUUAACACCCAAGUUUUCCCCAGUUCCAAAAAGGAAAUGUUCUACUUUAGAUGAUUUGGAUGCAGAGGGUCCUGCAACUGUUACAAGGAAAGUGUCAUUUGCUGAUGCAUUUGGGCUUGAUCUUGUGUCUGUGAAGGAGUUUAACACUUGGGAUACUCCACAGAUACCUGCCACUGAAAACUCAGAGGAUGAAAAUGUGACUGUUGUCGAUGAAGGCUACUUUUUAACAUCAUCUAUUAUAUAUCCUCCCUGCCGUAGUGAUCUGAUGCAAGAAUUAUACAGAAAAAAAGUAGUUCUGGAAUCACUUGAGUUUCUUCCAGGGUCAGUAUCUGUGAAAGGAAUCAUCCGUGUUUUGAACGUGUCAUAUCACAAGCUUGUAUAUGUCCGUAUGACAUUAGAUGCAUGGAAAAAUUAUUAUGACCUUCCUGCUGAAUACAUACCCGAAUCUCAUGAUGGUGAAACUGACCAGUUUUUUUUUAAGAUUUCCUUUGUGCCACCCUACCUGAAUGAUGGAGCCAGUGCUGUGUUUUGCAUACGGUAUGAAUCCUCUGUUGGGACAUUCUGGGAAAACAAUGGUGGAGAGAAUUUUGUUAUUCUGUGUCACAAAAAGGACAGUCAGCAGGCGGUGCAAAUAGAUGAAGAUUCACAAGAUGAAGCUAUUGACAAAUCCAUCAAAAGCUGCCUAAAAACAGCCAUCAGUGGCAAAGAAGAUGCGGAAAUGGUGUCAGAGGAAGAAAUAGAUAAUUUGAAGACUUCAGAGUUACUAGUGCCAGAACUAUCAGCUGAAGAUACAGACAAAAUCCAGAAAAACCCAUACGGUGCAAAAAAACAACUUUAUGAAGACACUACAGAACACCUAAAAUUGUUGAUAUCUCAGUAUCUUGAGUCUGUGCGAGUAAGAAGUACUGAUGAAGACAAUGAGCAAAACGAUGAAAACUUCAAUUUUCAAAUUCAGAAUGAAGUAACAGAUAAUGAGAUGGCUCAGAAGGAUGCACUGUGUACAGCAGAAUCUCCAGUUCAGUAUGACAGUGCAGUGGCAUUAAAUUCUGAACAGAAUUUAUCUGAAAAUUUUGUUGAUAAUCAAACACACUUAAUAACAGAUACUGCAAAGGGUAACAUUGAAAGCUAUGAUGUGCCUCGGAAUGAAAAUGUUAAUUUGCCUCAAAAUGCUCUUCCUGAAAGAGACAAUGAGAACGCCUUAAUUGCACGUAAUGUGGAAGAAGGACAACGAAAUAACACAAGUGCUGUUGACAUAACAGACAAUAUAUAUUGUGAAACAUUGGUUACCGAACAAAUGAUGGAUAUCAGUAAAGUUAUAAGUGAUGCAGUUAAAGGUGAAGAAGAAAUAGCAGCUGCUGUUUUCUUCACAGGUGAUGGUGGUGACUAUCGUCAAAAUUUAGGGACAAAUGUCACAUUGGUUACUGAGCGGAUAAUAGAUCGUAAUCAAGAUCUUAAUCAAAUGCAGCAUGAAGUUGUUGAGUGUCAAGAAGACAACGCAAGUGCUGUUUACCUGAUCGAUAAUGAAGUAUGUUGUGAAACUGAAACACCAUUAACGUUGCAUGUUAGUGAGGAAGUAGCAGAUAUCAAUGAAGUAUGUUGUGAAACUGAAACACCAUUAACAUUUCACGUUAGUGACGAAGUAGCAGAUAUCAAUGAAGUAUGUUGUGAAACUGAAACACCAUUAACGUUGCACGUUAGUGAGGAAGUAGCAGAUAUCAAUGAGAUUGCAAUUGCUCUUGAUAAAGUUCAAGGAGAAAUAACAGCCGAGGACUCUAUAGCGGAAAGUUGUCAGAAUGAUUGGGCGCAGUCUCCAUUGGUUACUGAGGACACAAGAGACAGAAAAAUUACACCUGACAUAUUUGAAAUUCAGGAGGUUGGAACAGGGGAUAAGUUAAAGACAGAUGGCAAUGAAUUUUGUAAAUGCAAAGAGACAGCAAUCACAGUAAUUAAUGAAGAGACAGCAGAUAUGAAUAAAAUUAUAGAGGUUAUAAAUAAAAGUCAAGGAGAGAAUGAAGCUACUCCUAAUGUAGCAGAUGAUGGCGAUGUCCAUUGCAAAGGUGAAAGUUCAAAGGUUGGACUGGUUUCUGAAGCAGUAACAGAUAUCAGACGAGUAGCAUAUAAUGUUGAUGAAGGUCAGAGAGAUAAAGUAAGUGUUAUGUACAAGGCAGAUAAUGGUGCAUAUUAUGAAAGUGAAAUGACAAAAACCCAGUGGAUUACUGAGGUGGCAUCAGAUAUCAGUGAACCUGCUACUGAUAUGAAUGAAAAUAAUAUAAAUGGGGGUCACAAAGAAGAAGAAGAAGAAGAGGAAAAAGCUGUGAGUGUAGUUUGGGAAAAUGAGGGGACAAAGCCUCCUUUGAUUAAUGAGGAAGCUACACAAAUCACUACAAUUACACAUGAUACAAUUAAAGGUCAUGAAGAAAAAGAAAAUGUUUACAUGACAGACAAUGAUUUAUAUUGUGAAAAUGGAAUGAAAAAGGCGACACUAAUUACUGAGAAGGAAAUGGGUAUGUGUAAAGAGGACCACGAAUCUGUCGCACAACAGCACCAUCAUGCAGAUAUAAUUUGGGGUGCCAGUUGUAAGUCAAUCGUGGAACAGCAAUCCUUGCAAACUAACUUCAAGGCUACAGAACCAAUUACAGAAGAAGUAAAAAAUCAUAUGGAAGAACCUGUGCCUGUCCUUGAACAUUCGGAUUUGCAAAAUACACUGAACAGAAAUACUGAAAUGGGACAAGACACUGAUAAUCAGAGUAUACCUGCCAUGGACAUGUAUAUUGUUAGAAAAGAUACUCUGGUGGAUGAAACGAAAAUGGAGCUGAGUCACACAUCAAGAGACCCUGAUACUACCGUUAUGAAAGAUGCAAAUAUCUCAAACGUACCAUGCUAUUUGGUAUAUGAAAAGACUGCUGAAGCUUUUGUGUCAACACCACUUCAGGAAAGGAUCACGGAGUCUACUGAUUUCUCACAUAUGAAAGUUGCAGGGGACCUUGUUAGCAUAUCCAGUGCUCAGGGGUCAUCUGGUUUUCUUAAUGACAUGCAGGAUGAGCAAUUGCAUCUUUCUAGUGUUUCAAAGACCUCUCAGGAGAGUGCAUUAACAGAAACACAGAUAUUAGUAGAAAAUGAUGAAUGCCCUACUCAUGGCACAAUGCAAGUUCAAGGCAUUUUGUUGGAUUCUAAAGAUUUCACAUCGGUGACUUCUAGUGAAGACUUAAAUGUUAGUAACUCUAUUCCCAAUAUCAAUGAGAACUUAUAUGAAAAGAGGGAAAACCAAACAAGUGAUGAUGUGCUAAAGAAGGACCAAGGAAGUUAUCUUCUGGAAAGUCUUGAAAUGCAGCAGGGGGGAGUUCCAGAAAAAGUCAGUGAUCAUCAGAGUUAUACGGAGUUUGGAUCUACAACACUAACAGAUGGCAGAUCGAGAUCUGUUGCAGAAAGAGACAUUACAGACAUUAUUCAAACAUCUGAAAAAGAACAACCUUAUACAUGUGGUUCCACUGAAGCAAAUGAAGGACAAAUGCGUGUGUGUGUAACAAAGGAUGAGCGCAGCAUAACAUUUCAGAAAGAAAAUGAUUUUCGUGAACUGGAACCAGAGCUACGGCUGGAACCAGAGGCAACAAAAGAUAUUCAUGUGAAUGAGGAUUCAGUCCUUCAUGAACUUUGUGACACCAUUGAAUCCUCAGCACAUGCGGCUAAAGAUCACAUUGAAAAUGUUUCAGUGCUAAAGGAAAUAGAGGAUGUUUGUUAUGAAGAAAAUGCAUUCCUACGUUCUACUGCACCUGAUGAUCAAAGGGAAAAUCUGGUUUCGGAAGUUGAAUUACCUGAAUCCCUAGAUUCUAUGUUUAGAGAAGUUUCCAAAACAGAACGUUGUACAGAAGAAGACAGUAGGGAAACUUCUCUUAGAAAGGAUCACACUGAUACAGAUGUGUCUUGUUUUUCUGAUAAUUCACAAAUAACUGAAAUUUGCAGUUUUGAUGGCACAAGUUCAGCUGAAUUGUCAAAUGUAAGUGAUAAGAGCCUUCCUGAAGAAAAUUAUGAGGUAACACUGUCUUUUGGUGCAUUGCUUAAUGAUAAGAGUGCCCCAGAUAUCCUCGAAUCUCACGCUAUAAAACAUUCAUUGUCAGUCUUGGAGAAUGUUGAGGAACCUUGGACUUGUGAUGAACCUGCAUUACAUCUGAAACAAAUGAGUGGCAUUUCAGGUGACGAAAUGGACAUGUUUUCCAAAGAUCCACAUCAAGUACCCGAAAACACAAACCUUGCAGCAUUAAGUGAAACUAGGAACACAGAAAUGGAAGGUUUACCUGCCACAGUAUCAAGUGAAGAUAUAAAAGAUGUGUACAGAUACCAGAAGAAACUGGGUCCAGUGGUUUUAGUUAGUGAAUCUGUUGGUGAAGAUGAUGAAACUUGUGCCAUAUCUGCAGAAAUAAGCAAUCGUCAGAGUACAUCAGAAAUGUCUAUAGCUGAAAGUAACGAUUUUACAGUUAAAGAAUGUAAGUCUUUUAGUGAGGGCUUGAUGCGCAAAGAUACCAAACAUUUAGUGCUUAUUUUUCUUAUGUUUAUCAUUUUUAUUGCAACAGCCAGCCAUUAUGACUUUACGGCUUGUGUUAUACUUUAUCUUGUUUCUUUGAUUUUUUUGUACUGGGAGGGAGGACAAAGAAAAUAAUUUAUGAAAGAAUAAUAUAGGAUACUAUACCCCCUCCCCCAACAACUCUUCUACAGCCAUUACAAAGGAAAACAUCUAAACAAAGAAAUGCUCCAGAAAAUGUGUAGUGGUGUAACAACGUUGAUUCAUCCGAUGGACCAUUUGAAGAGAAAUAUGGAUAUUUCAUAUUUCACGUAUGUGAAUGGCAGAGGUACAUGGCAUGUUGGAAAUGUUGACAGCUAAUAAAGCUGAUUGCUGGACUUUAUACCUUAUUGGCUUUAAUAAAAAAAACAUGUUUUUCAAAAUCA